AUGGAAAUUCACCAAGAAUUUAUGCCUCACCUAAUAGGUUUCAGUCUUCUCAUGCCUCCCAACAAUGUGACUGAAUUUGUUCUCUUGGGAAUCACACAGAAUCCGCACUUGCAGAAACUACUCUUCAUUGUCUUUUUGUUUAUUUUCCUACUUACCAUGCUGGCCAGCCUCCUCAUUGUCAUGACUAUCUCUCUCAGCCCCACACUUUCAGCUCCCAUGUACUUCUUUCUCACUUACUUGUCCUUCAUAGAUGCCUUCUUCACCUCUGUAACCACCCCCAAAAUUACCAUUGACCUGCUGUACCAGAGGAGAACCGUCUCCUGUCAUGGUUGCCUGACUCAGCUCUUUUUGGUACACUUCUUGGGAGGAUCAGAGACCAUAGCCCUCAUUGCCAUGUCCUAUGACCGCUAUGUGGCCAUAUGCAAGCCUCUGCGCUACAUGACCAUCAUGCGACAGGGGCUCUGCCAGCUCCUGGUGGUGGUGGCCUGGAUCGGAGGGAUCCUACAUGCCACUGUGCAGAUUCUUUUCACAGUGGACUUGACCUUCUGCGGUCCCAAUGUUAUUGACCACUUCAUGUGUGAUUUCUUCUCACUGUUGAAUCUUGCCUGCAGCGACACCUACUGGCUUGGAAUCGUGGUGGCAACUAACAGUGGGGGCAUGUGUUUACUCUUUUUUCUCAUGCUACUCAUCUCCUCCAUAGUCAUCCUGAGCGCCCUGAAAUCCCAUGGUCCUGAAGGACGACACAAAGCCCUCUCUACAUGUGGUUCCUACUUUACAGUUUUGGUGCUCUAUUUUGUCCCUUGUAUAGUCACCUACACCCGUCCUUUGGCCACUUACCCUGCGGACAAGUUGGUGACUGUGUUCUUUACAAUCCUAACUCCCAUGUUAAAUCUUAUCAUUUACACAGUGAGAAAUGCAGAGGUGAAAAAUGCCAUGAGGAGUUUGUUGAAAAGAAGAGUAACUUAG